GGGCGCGAGAGCCGCGGCGCCGGAGGAGCCUCCUUCUUUCCUCCGUCCGACUGCGGGCUGUCAUGGCGACCCCCAACAACCUGACCCCCACCAACUGCAGCUGGUGGCCCAUCUCGGCGCUGGAGAGCGAUGUGGCCAAGCCGGCCGAGGCCCCCGACGCGCCCGAGGCGGCCAGCCCCGCCCAUUGGCCCAAGGAGAGCCUGGUUCUGUACCACUGGACCCAGUCCUUCAGCUCGCAGAAGGUGCGGCUGGUGAUCGCUGAGAAGGGCCUGGCGUGCGAGGAGCGCGACGUGAGCCUGCCGCAGAGUGAGCACAAGGAGCCCUGGUUCAUGCGGCUCAACCUGGGCGAGGAGGUGCCCGUCAUCAUCCACCGCGACAACAUCAUCAGUGACUACGACCAGAUCAUCGACUACGUGGAGCGCACCUUCACGGGAGGUACAGCUGCCGCAGGGCCCUCUGCUGCCCGGCCCAGCCCCUGGCGGUGCCCCGCAGAGCACGUGGUGGCCCUGAUGCCUGAGGCGGGCAGCCCACAGCACGCGCGGGUGCUGCAGUACCGGGAGCUGCUGGACGCGCUGCCCAUGGACGCCUACACGCACGGCUGCAUCCUGCACCCCGAGCUCACCACCGACUCCAUGAUCCCCAAGUACGCCACGGCCGAGAUCCGCAGACAUUUAGCCAACGCCACCACGGACCUCAUGAAGUUGGACCACGAAGAGGAGCCCCAGCUCUCCGAGCCCUACCUUUCUAAACAGAAGAAGCUCAUGGCCAAGAUCUUGGAGCAUGACGAUGUGAGCUACCUGAAGAAGAUCCUCGGGGAGCUGGCCAUGGUGCUGGACCAGAUCGAGGCCGAACUGGAGAAGAGAAAGCUGGAGAACGAAGGGCAGAAGUGCGAGCUGUGGCUCUGCGGCUGUGCCUUCACCCUCGCGGACGUCCUCCUGGGUGCCACCCUGCACCGCCUCAAGUUCCUGGGACUGUCCAAGAAAUACUGGGAAGACGGCAGCCGGCCCAACCUGCAGUCCUUCUUUGAGAGGGUCCAGAGACGCUUUGCCUUCCGGAAAGUCCUGGGCGACAUACACACCACCCUGCUGUCGGCCGUCAUCCCCAACGCGUUCCGGCUGGUCAAACGGAAACCCCCCUCUUUCUUCGGGGCGUCCUUCCUCAUGGGCUCCCUGGGCGGGAUGGGCUACUUUGCCUACUGGUACCUCAAGAAAAAAUACAUCUAGGGCCAGGCCUGGGGCUUGGUGUCUGACUGUUGGUGUCUCUGUGCCGUGUGAUUCCCAGCGAGCUCUCUGUAACUCACUGUCUCGUGAACACGUGGACAGCCGUGCCGCCCCUCGUUCUGAGUAACCCUGUCGUCAGUGUGAAAACAUGCCAUAGUUUAGGAGUAGACGUUGCCAAUGCCGUGACUUGAGGCCACGGCGCUACUAAAGGAGAGAAGGAGAGAGUGAGAGAGAGAGAAAAGAAAACAGAAACAAAACACGAAUGCCUUUUCUUUCGACGCGAGGUCUCAAGAUGGAACCGUGGGGACUGGUUGGGAUCGGAGGUGAGUUCCAGGCUGUCUCAUCCACCAGGGCCCAGAUUCUGGGAGGUGCUGGGGGCUCCGAGGGCCUGACCCUUCGCCUCCCCUUCCCUCUCGCCCAGGGAACUACCUUCCACAGGACAAAGCCAACAUCCAGACUCGACUCUUCGGUACCUCCGGGUGGGACUGGAGAACCAGAGACCCCAUGGGAGGCCCCUGAAGACCGGAAGGGGCUUCUUGCUUCUCCUGGAUGUGCACUGAGACCGCACUGGCUUGAGCCAAGGCAGUGGCACCCACAGCCAGGCCAUGGUUGGGACCAACGCCAUGAACACACCCUCUCCAUUCCCCUCUGGAUUUGGCCAGCGUGUUUGGUUUGGCACUAAUAUAACAGAAAUCCCUUAAGGCAGCAUCCAUCACCCUCUUCCUACUUUGAGUUGCGUUUUCCUGCCCUGUAAGGUGGGACUUCCAGUAAAAACCAUGUUGACCUCUUGGAAGGUCAGCCCCGGCCCAAGUACAGGGGUGGGUCUGGAGGGGGAUGAACCCAGCUCCCCCUCCCAGCUUCUGCCCAAGCCUUCUCCUUCACGCACACCCCUCCAUCACUGCAGGGCGCCCUCCACUGCACUGUGCCAUGCGGGGGUCUCUGCAUCCAUGCUGCCACCCUGGUCGGGUCUCACUUUCCUGUGCCUUUUGCACGUUGGGAAACGGUCUGGGUGUCACUGCCACUCAUGCUUAGAAGCUGAAAGCCCUCAAUAAAGCAUCCAGGAGGAA